CAAUCCCUUGCGGCUGCAGCCAUUCGGUGACUACGGAAGAGGAUCUGAGCUGUAGCUGUGGGCGGCACCAUGUCUGUGCGAGACCCGGAUCUGGUGACAUUUGAUGACGUUGCUGUGUAUUUCACAGAAGACGAGUGGGAAUACUUGGAGGAAUGGCAGAAGGAGCUGUAUAAGGAAGUCAUGGUGCAAAACUUUCAGCUUGUGACAUCUGUGGGGCUGCUGACAAGAAGAGUCAAUUGGUCAGAUUUAGAUUCAGAUGAUAAUCUCCAAAUCUGGGAGAGAAACGAGCAGCAGAUGAAUGAGAAAGACAGGAUACUUACACAAAUAGCCAGCUGGUCACAUCUGGAUACAAACAUAAAUCUCCCAAUCCAGGAGAGGAAAGUGCAGCCCAUAAGCACAAAAGAAGAGGAACCUGAGCUGAAUAUUAUCAUAAAAGAAGAGGAAGAUGAUGAAUUUCCACUGACUCCCCAAUAUGGUGCACAGGCGUAUAGCUAUAAAGCUCCAGAUUUUCAUACCAAGCUUAACUUCCUGCCCACUGGUCUUCCGGCCGAUCCCCACCCAGCACCUCCGCAGCUUUUCUUGCCAAACCCUCCGUACCAAGCACUUCCCUCUGUGGGGCUUCAGAACGAUCGAGGUAACGUGGAUCGUCCUUACCCCUGCCCAGACUGCCACCGCAACUUCAUCCGCAAGUCGCAUCUCACCAGCCACCAGCGCACUCACAGAGGGGAGCGACCGUACCCCUGCGAGGUCUGUGGGAAGAGGUUCCACUAUCGUCACCACUUGGUGGGGCACCAGCGCAUCCACACGGGGGAGAAACUGUUUUCUUGCGAACACUGUGGGAUCCAAUUCAACCACAAGGGCAACUACCAAACGCACCAGCGGCUUCACACAGGAGAGAGGCCGUUUUCCUGUGACAGAUGCGGCAAGAGCUUUAAUCGCAAGGCUGAUCUGAUCACCCAUUGCCGUAUUCACACAGGGGAGAAGCCAUUUACCUGCACAGAUUGUGAUAAGAGCUUCAGUCGCAAGCAGCAUCUUGUCACUCAUCGGCGGCGGCAUACGGGCGAGACUCCCUUCCCCUGCGACCAGUGUGAGCAGCGGUUUGCUCAGCGCAAGACACUUCUGCGGCACCAAGAAUCUGUGCACUCUGCUGAGCGACCCUACAGCUGUGCUGAGUGUGGGAAGGGAUUUGCUUGCCGAUCUCACCUCCUAACGCACCAACGCGCCCACCAGAAUGGGGGAGGGAGCUGUGGGGCUGGGGGAAAACCAUUUUCUUGUGAUCAGUGCCGAAAGAGCUUUGUGGCACAGCCACAUCUGCAGGCACAUCAGCGGGUUCACACGGGCAAACAGGGCGAGAGGCCCUUCACCUGUGCCGACUGUGGCAAGGGUUUCAACAGCCGACAGUACCUUAGCAGACACCAGAAAAUCCACACGGGCGAGCGUCCGUUUCGCUGUAAUGUGUGUGGGGACAGUUUUAUCCAGAAACCCAACCUGGAGAGACACAAGGGCAUCCACAGCGGGCAGCGCCCCUUCCCCUGCUUGGUGUGUGGAGGUAGCUUCUAUAAGAAACAUAACCUGGUACGCCACCAGCGGAUUCACACCGGGGAGCGUCUGCACUUCAGCUGUAAAGUAUCGCAGCCAGUCGUACAGCAAUUCAUUACAACCGAGGAGGAUGGUGAGAGUGUUACACUCAAAGAGAAGUCAGCAGAGAAUCCUUGUAAGAACGUUUGUUGCAAUCGUACUGGGGGUGGGCGCUCUGAACAGUAAAGGGGAGAGGAGAACAAUGCCAAGGUGGGUAAGCCUUCUGAUAAAGGCUGGCACUCAGAUAAGGGUUCUGUGGAUGGCAAUGCACAACGGAGCAUGGCACAUGGUUGUAAGGCAGAAGAUGACAGCUACAGGAUACCUAAUGAGGAGGUAGAGUGUGGCACACAGAUGGCAAAAGGGGAUAGUUCCUUGCCAGAUGGGCUAAAUAUCAGACUGGUUGGAUGGCAGUCACUGAGAAAUUACAGGACUGAAAUAGAGGGAUGCAGAUGUAAUGAGGUCUGACUGCACUUGGCAUAUAGACCACUUGGUGAGACGUCGGGCACAAACAGUAAGGAAGGAGCCUAAUGAGAGAAGCGUAGAUCUAUAUGUGUAUCACAGUAUGUGUGUGUAACUAUAUACUGUGCAUAGAUCAGUCAUUCCCAGUACGCAGUAAGUACAUCUCACCUACCAUUUAUUAGCAAGAGUGGUCAGGAAAUGGCAUAUGUAUAUGCCAGAAAUACGCAUUGGGCCAGGCAGACAAUAUGAGUGUAAGAACAGGCACCAAAUCAUAGACCUGUUAAUAAAAUAUUGUUUUCUGUAAGAAA